AUGGACGAGCACCUGAGCCUGCUGCGCUCGCCGGCCGCCCUGUCCUCCGGCAGGCACCCGAGGGGCGGCAGCAGAGGCGGCGGCGGCGCUGGCGUCCUCGUCGCGGGCGUCGUCGCCGUGGGCAGCAGCCACCACAACUUGGGCUACAGCGAGCAGUUCUUCCCCGAAGGCGCGCUCUCGGGGCCCGGGGAAGGGCAGAAAGACGACGAGGAGGGCGUCGAGGGAGACGGGGAGCUGGAGGGGGGCAUGACCGUGGUGGGGGGAGAGGACCCUCUGCUCGAGGAGGCCCAGCACCCCCAUGCCCUGCUGGGAGGGGAGCGCUACGACCACCCCUCGAUGGCCCACACCCUGCCUCCCCCCGGCCAUCACCAGGUGGGCAGUGCGGGGGACGCUGGGGAGCAUGAGUGUUGCGAACGGGUGGUGAUCAACAUCUCCGGGCUGCGCUUCGAGACCCAGCUCAAGACGCUCGCCCAGUUCCCCGAGACCCUGCUGGGGGACCCCCGCAAGAGGAUGCGCUACUUCGACCCCCUCCGCAACGAGUAUUUCUUUGACCGCAACCGACCCAGCUUCGAUGCCAUCCUAUACUACUACCAGUCCGGAGGCCGCAUCCGGCGCCCUGUCAAUGUCCCCAUUGACAUCUUCUCGGAAGAAAUCCGCUUCUAUCAGUUGGGCGAGGAGGCCAUGGAGAAAUUCCGAGAAGAUGAAGGUUUCAUCCGUGAAGAGCAGAGACCUCUGCCCGAGAAGGAGUUCCAGCGCCAGGUGUGGCUCCUCUUUGAGUACCCGGAGAGUUCUGGACCAGCUCGGGGCAUUGCAAUUGUCUCAGUCUUAGUUAUCCUCAUCUCCAUUGUCAUUUUCUGCCUGGAAACCUUGCCUGAGUUCAGAGAUGACCGUGACUAUGACAGCACCACAGGGACAUUUGGGACCAGUGGUGGACCUUUCGUGGCAGAUAUCUUCACAAAUUCCUCUUCUCCAGCAACCUCCAUGGUGUCCUCUUUCACUGAUCCUUUUUUUGUGGUGGAGACUCUGUGCAUUAUCUGGUUCUCCUUUGAGCUGCUUGUCCGUUUCUUUGCUUGUCCCAGCAAACCCACCUUCUCCAAGAACAUUAUGAACAUAAUUGACAUUGUGGCUAUUAUUCCUUAUUUCAUCACCUUGGGCACUGAGCUGGCCGAGAGGCAGGGCAAUGGUCAACAAGCGAUGUCUCUGGCCAUUCUCAGGGUCAUCCGGUUAGUCAGAGUCUUCCGUAUAUUCAAGCUCUCUCGGCACUCCAAGGGGUUGCAGAUCUUGGGGCAGACCCUCAAGGCCAGCAUGAGGGAGCUGGGCUUGCUCAUUUUCUUCCUCUUCAUUGGAGUUAUCCUCUUUUCCAGUGCUGUCUACUUUGCAGAGGCUGAUGACCCCUCGUCCAGCUUCAGCAGUAUCCCUGAUGCCUUUUGGUGGGCUGUAGUGACCAUGACUACAGUGGGUUAUGGUGACAUGCACCCAGUCACUAUUGGAGGCAAAAUAGUAGGGUCUCUCUGUGCCAUAGCUGGGGUGCUGACCAUUGCCUUGCCUGUGCCCGUGAUAGUCUCCAACUUUAACUACUUUUAUCACCGAGAAACGGAAGGUGAAGAACAAGCCCAGUAUAUGCAUGUAGGAAGCUGCCAGCAUCUCUCCUCCACUGAGGAGCUGAGGAAAGCUCGGAGCAAUUCCACUCUCAGCAAGUCAGAGUACAUGGUGAUAGAAGAGGGAGGCAUCAGCAACAGUGCAUUCAAACAGGCUGCCUUCAAAACAGGCAACUGUACAGCCACAAACAAUCCAAACUGUGUGAAUAUUAAAAAGAUCUUUACGGAUGUUUAAAAGACACCUUUCAAGGAUAUAUAAAAAUAUUACAGAAGGUCUCCCUAAUCAGUAUUGUGAGGAACAUGCACCAUCGUCAUUCUUUGUGCUCUUGUUUAAUACAUGUACUUUUCUGAUCCUUCUUUCUGAAGAUGGGCAUUUUUAGAAGGUAAAAAAACCCAAACAACUAAGCAGAUGUUAAGAAAGCAGAUAGAUAAGAGGAUACAAAGAAGUCUGGGCUGCUUCUUCUAGAAACAGGUUUUUGUUCUGCGCUGUUUGUUGCAGGGCUUUGGGGUUUUGCUGGGAAAUUUAGCGAAGAGCAGCUCAUUUGUUGAUCUUCCUUUCCUUGAAUGUAUGCACUUGUUGGAAUGAAAGUUAUGAAGUGAAAGAAACGGGGGUGCAAGUGUAUUGCAGUGAGUAGAAAAUAUAGGCACUGAAAUUUCACAAAGCAUCUCUGCCGUCACGUUGUAAAAUGAUGCUCACAUCAUCUGAUGUGUGUCAUACGAGGGUACAGUUUUGCUUUUGUUAAUGCCAGGUUAAAGCCUGUGUGCAGCAAUCUGAAUCUGCCCUAGGCAAAAGUAUAAUUGCUUUGAUAUAGCGAGGGAAAAGUCAUUGUAAGUCUGGAUUUCUUUGAUCCACAGAACUACAGAAUUACUUCCUUGAAUUCAAAAUUCUACCAGCACAGUAUAGUGGAAAAUACUUCUUUCUACAUCACAAGGUUGAACAAUUGUCGAACUGGAUCAUAUCCUGAGUGUUUAGGUUUCUGCAUAUCAUGAAGUUUUAGGCUUCUGAUAAGUCACUGGUGGGCUUUUCUCAGUGACUGUAGCCUGAGUUGAAACCCUUCCAAACCUUAGAAACAAAGGGGGGCAUUUCUAUCCAUUGCCAAUGCCUUUAAGAUAAGCGGUUGCAUCUAUCACAAGAAGAUUAAAGUGGCAAACACGCCUUGCAGCGGAAGUUACUAAUUUGGACCUGAGUGAUGCAGUUUCCAUAGCAACUUUGGUUUCCUGGGAAACUCCCAAAGGUUGUCAUGGCAUCCAUUCCCUCCCUCCCCCAGUCCUUUGCUGUUUCCAUAGUAACCCUUCCAGAUGGUUCGAACUUCUGUGGUUCCGCAGAAAAGCCGCUGCUCUGAUCACACACACACACACACACACCAUUAAUCCCCGAGAGAUUUAGGUGUGGAAACUAGGCAUUAUUCUAUAUGCACCAUUUUUAGAUGUGCAGAAUUCUCAAAGUUCUGUAACCUAUAGAAGAAGGGAAAGAGAUG